AUGCUUAUUGUAUUUCGUUUGUCCUGCUGCUUGUUUUUUUGGUUUUUUUUCCGGCAAAAGGCACACUACCAACGUACGUCAUCAUCAUUUUCCGGAAGUGACUGCUUAGCCUCCGGUUCUGGAGUCAGCUUUUUCCACCUUCUUGGUCGUUUUUUGAAAUUUUUAAGUGGGUUGUCCUCUUCUUUUGAUGUUGUUGCUACUUCUCGCUUUGUGUAUUGGAAUUUUUUUCCCAUCAGAAAAGAAAAAAGAUCGGAUGCCCAGCCGAGAACUUCCGAAGGAGGUCGUAGUCCUAGGCCUAAAUCAAUGCACAUCUUUUUUAGAAACUGCAAGACGAAGCGAUGUUUGUAGUCGUAUAGCAAAGCCGGCCUUAUGCACAUUCUCGUUUAUUUCUUGCCCAUUUGCACCAAACACGAGCAUCACCCCUUGUCAUAACGCACGUUUUUAGGCAAGAAUGCCCUAUGAUGCGCAUGCGCUGUCCCUGUCGCUGAUAUGAUACUUUUAUUUUUCAUUGGCGGUCGAAGUAGUCUUCUCUGCGCAUAAUUCUUCAGCUACUAUUCUUGUAGUUGCAAAAACUACAACAAGAAAACCUUCAAUGAAUGUUUCAUUGGCUCAAUAAGCGACUUCAUAGGAUUUGACAUAUCUUUAUCUAUUUAUUUACGUUUACCUUCCAUGAUGACGAGACUGGAAUAACAAUAUACAAAAGACUGCCGUGCGUGCCAACUAAGCCCUCUGCCAAUCGUAGUUACUUCUACGUACGGUGCGUGUGUUGUUUGUGUAGCUGCAUUGUCUUCAAUUCUGCCAACGUUUCGACUCGAACAGGCAAACGGUCGCACUUCACAUGGUGCCAAACGAUCGCAGACGCAGAAAACGCAAGCACGGCGACCGCCACUCAACGAUAUAGAAUCCGAAAGCGAUAACAGUCAAACAGUGCUGGCUUCGGC